UUCUCCAAGUUCACCCUUCCCUGGCUGUCCCUGCCUGCACUCGCCUCGCCUGUACCUCGCACCGCUCACAUUCAUGCUCUUCAUUCACUUUUCAUAAGAGUCGUUUCGCAUCCCUUCUUCGCUACUUGUCCUCUGCAGUCUUCCCUGACGCUCACCAGUGAUAGUUUUUUUUUUUUUUUUUUUUUUUUUUUUAGACUUGCUACAGACGUGUCUGGGAAACGACGGCGCCACAUUCACGGCGCUGCACGCGUCCCACCCUGGCGCCACCUCGAACAAGAGCAAGGCCCUUUCAUAUACACAGGAAACAAAUGUUAUCAAUUUCGGUUCGAAUUUCGCUUCUAAGGCUCAGGAUUGGUUCUGCUCUCCGCUACCGCAACACCAACUUUCCCCCCAAACAUCCUCCUCUACGGUGCCGUGCCCCGCCCGCCGCAGCCUGGCCCUGCAUUGUCACCUGAGCCCCGCAAGCAUGAGGGCGCUGUGGCCGCUUGUGGGUUGCCUCCUGUACCUGGCGGCGAGCUCCGCAGUGUCCUUAUCCGAACAGUGUGACUGGAAAACCCUUAAUGAAAAGAAUUUUUCUCAAAGCACGAUCCAGGUCAGGACUAGACACCGGGAGGAAGGCAUACUAACCGUGAAGAUUACAGAUUCAUUACAGGCGAUAGACAAUGAGAUAUUGGAGCCCUCACAUAUCUACACUCUCAACAUGAGCUGCAUCGACAGCUUCUGUACCUACAUCCUCCUCAGUGAUGACGGUGAGAGAAUCAACAAUCAAACUGUCCUCUCGGUGACCACACAGUUGACUGUGUACGGACAGAACCUACAAUGGUCACCUGCAGACUGUGAGGAGAUGGAGACCACCACCACCACCACCAUCACCACCAACAUCACGACAAAGAGAACGACGCCUGAGACAACCAACACCACAACACCAGAGACAACCACAACCACAACCACAACACCAAGAACGACGACCCUAGGGAAGAAGACUCCUACAAGCACCUCAGGCCAACGGAACAAGAACCAGGGCACCACCACCACCACCACCACAAAACCCAAAAUCUCCCGCGUGGUGAUCAUCAGCAUAACGGUCUUCGUGUUCCUUGCUUGUGGUCUCGGUCUGUGCUUCAUCUACCGUCAUCGCAUCCACUACGGGGCUCUCGAUCUGUACAUUCAGGCGCGCUCGGUGAGGGAGGACGCUCAGAAGAAGCACGAGGUGAUGACGGGGACAGAAACCCCGGUGUGAAGUAAUGGCUGACGUGGAAGUAGGCAAGAGGUUCUCUCUCUCUCUCUCUCUCUCUCUCUCUCUCUCUCUCUCUCUCUCUCUCUCUCUCUCUCUCUUU